AACAACAGACAAGAACCAUUAUAGUGUAAAUUGAUUAACUGUUUUGUUUUAUUCAUUAGUGUUAAUUGGUUUUCAAAGCGAACACCAGCAGAGAUAAAGAUGGUUCUAGAAAGUACUAUGAUUUGUGUGGAUAACAGUGAUUAUAUGCGAAAUGGAGACUUCCUUCCAACUCGAUUACAAGCUCAGCAAGAUGCAGUUAAUUUGGUCUGUCAUUCAAAAACAAGAUCCAAUCCUGAGAACAAUGUGGGGCUAUUGACAUUAGCAAAUGUGGAAGUUUUAGCAACCCUUACCAGUGAUGUGGGCCGUAUUUUAUCCAAAUUGCACUUAGUCCAGCCUGAUGGAAAUAUAAAUCUUCAAACUGGAAUAAGAAUUGCUCAUUUAGCAUUAAAACACCGACAAGGAAAAAAUCACAAAAUGCGUAUAGUAGCAUUUGUGGGAAGUCCUGUUGCAGCUCAAGAAAAGGAACUUAUUAAACUAGCUAAGAAACUAAAAAAAGAAAAAGUUAAUGUAGAUAUUAUCAAUUUUGGCGAAGACUCUACUAACACUGAAGUCUUGACCACCUUUGUUAACACCCUUAAUGGAAAGGACGGUACUGGAAGUCAUUUAGUCACUGUGCCACCCGGACCCCACCUAUCUGAUGCUUUAAUAUCAUCUCCAGUAAUUCAAGGUGAAGACGGAAGCGGAGGCGCGGGAUUAGGAGUACCUGGAUUCGAAUUUGGUAUUGAUCCCAAUGAAGAUCCUGAACUUGCUCUGGCUCUUCGUGUAUCAAUGGAAGAACAACGUCAACGCCAAGAGGAUGAGGCUCGUAAGGCUAGGGAAGCUUCCGCGGCCGAAGGAGGUAAAGCAGCACCCAUUAAGGAAGAACCAAAUGAAGAAGCUCUGCUAGAAAGAGCAUUGGCAAUGUCCAUGGAAGAGGGUGAAAUCCCGAAAACAGCAGGAGCCACUCAAGCUCCUGUUGAUUUUGCAAAUAUGACAGAAGAAGAACAAAUUGCUUUUGCUAUGCAAAUGUCGAUGCAAGAUGCCCAAGAAACAAGCACUGCAGAAAGUAAAAGAAAAGAAGAAGCAAUGGAAGUGGAAGGUGAUGAAGACUAUUUAGAAGUUAUGAACGAUCCGGCUUUUCUACAGAGCGUUUUGGAAAAUUUGCCUGGCGUUGAUCCACAAUCUGAAGCCAUUCGUCAAGCGGUUGGUAAUCUUAAAGACAAAAAGAAAGAUGGAAAAGAGGAAAAGAAAUAAAUUAAUUUAUG